AUGAACGAACCGAAUCCCAUGCUCCCUAUCGUCGAACAGGAAGAGCGAAGACGCGUCUUUUGGUCUGUCUACCUUCUCGAUAAACUCGUAUCCUGCGGGCGAGCGCGUCCACCAGCCAUCGCCGAUGAGGAUUGCCAUGUCCAACUGCCAUGCGAAGAGGAAGUAUUCAGAACCGGCACUUGGAAACAAACCCCCACUCUCCAUAGGCUUUUGAACUGGGACGCUGAUCUUGGUGAGAUCCGUGGAUACUUCACCCUCGCCAUCCUCGUCGCUUCAGCUCUUGGACGAUGUGCCAGAUACGUCCUUCAUCAACGUGAGAUAGACGACACUUUACCAUGGGACUCGAGAUCAGAGUUUGCAGCUAUCAACUCUUUCCUCCUGCUGAUCGAGCAGCAUCUGCAAGUUGAAGAGGUACCCAUCGAAGACAUCAUAUCUCAGAACAAACUUCCCAUUGGAACGCCGGACCACCAGGUUGUUGGACACGCCGUAUUUGCUCGUAUCGUCUUCCAUCUCUGCCACUGUCUCAUCGGCCACCCGUUCCUCCUGGCUUUGCGUCUACAGAAUUUGAAAGUGAAGGCACCAGCGAGCUUCCUAUCCAGAACCUAUGAAGCGUGCUGUGAUCAUGCUUCCAAGAUCCCGUCUCUGUUACACCGUGCGCAAGAGGCGGGCUGUCAUGUCGAUGCUUCAUUCUACGCUUACUCGACUUGUGUUGCUGGUAGUAUUCUCUCCAUGUUUAUACAUGGUAAAGAGAGCAUGGGACAAGUUCCAUCUCAACAGCUUUUGGAAUCUGGACAGCACUCCCUAGAAAUCUUAGACAAGAUGGGCCAUUUCUGGGACCACGCGGCCAAGAUGCACACUCAACUCCUCAACUUCAAUACCCAUUCUGAAGAUUUCGAAAGGAUGAUUGAUCCACAUGCCGUCUUCGACAUAUCACCUGAUCUGGAAACGGUUCUAUGGUCCAUGGUGGAUUACGGCUCCAUGUGUGGCAGCUCAAGAACAAGAUCAAUCAGUCCUGGCGAUGGUCAAUUUUCUGUCAACAUGAACUCGCCUUCAUUCUUCAACUUUGAUGUGAACAUGACGCCACGGUCGUUUGAGCUGUCAGGGGUUGAAGGCAUAAAUGGAGCGCGGCACACCAUGAGAUCUUAUGUUAUGAGCUGA